AUGGCACCCAAGAGUUGUCCAGGAAGCUGCAGCAGCAGCAGCAGGAAUAGCAUCAGGACGAUGCAGGAUAGAAUUCGGUGGCUAAUUGCCAACGCUCCAACAUUGCUUAUGAUGUUGGAGCAUGUCUCCUGGGCCAUGGAGGCCAUCAAUUCACUGCCAUCGCUGCCACCACUUGCUGCCAUGCAGCAAUUAUAUGAAGGAAUUAGGCCAGGAAGCUCUUCGUCCAACCCUGCCCGCCGAGAGAGUCCAAGCUCGUCGUCCAGCACUGCCCGCCGAGAGAGUCCAAGCUCGUCGUCCAGCACUGCCCGCCGAGAGACGCCAAGCUCUCAGCCCAGUACUGCCCGCCGAGAGGGGCCUUCAGCUGGACCGAGCACAUCAGCGAGUACUAGGCCCAGUCGUCCGGCGGAUAAGAGGACAAGCUCGAAGAGGUCGAGCUCCUCCUCGAGCUCUAGUUCGAGCUCCAGCACCUCAUCUAGUUGCGAGUCAUGCAAGUCGGUGAAGAGCAUGAGGGAUUUAAAACCGAUUCCGAAAAAAGCAAAAUUGGAUGGUGAUUCAAAAACUGAGAAGCCGUCCAGUCGCGGGCUGCUUAGUUUGAAGAAACUAAGCAGUAGCAGUGGCAUUCAGCGAGGAAUCGAGGUGCAGGGUUUCGCGCACAAUAAAGAGUAA